CACAAAAAAAGGCGUGAACUUUUAAAAUUUUAUUCAAUCUUUUCAUUAUCACAUUUAUCAUCCAUAUGAGUUACGUAUAAUAUUUUAAAGGAAUAUGUAUAAGAUAGAUACAAAUAGAUGCGCAUAGAUACUACUGAAUUGAAUCGAUUUUGCACUAUUCUCUUCUCAUUUUUUCUUCUUUUGAUUAUUAGAUAAUAGAUGAAAACAUUUACACAUAGAAACGUAUAAACUAUUACUUGAAUGAAUCAUGUGGAUUAUGAAUAUAUUUUGUCAAUCACCUGUCUAUAAUACAAUUUAUCAUGAUUUAUUCAUUAUUAUAUUAUAUACAUUGUUAUUUAAUUGUAUUCAUGCUACCAUAGAUGAUUCACAUAUAUUAAAUGAUAAAUCCUAUUCCGAUAUAAAUUGGGAAAAUGAUUAUAAAAGAUCCCAUUUAUGGUCUCCUAAAACACCAUUAAAUGUAUGGCCUGAUUUUAAAUUAAUACAACAAUGUGAUACAUUAAAUUUUAAUACAUUACAAUUUCAUUUUAAUCAAUCCAUUAAUGAUAAUGAUGUAUUUGAAUGGACUAGUAUUAGUUUAUUUAAUUCGAAUCGAUUAAAACGUGGUUAUAUAUUACUUGGUGGAUCUUAUAAACAUCAAUCAUUUAAUAAUAAUAAUAAUAAGGAUAAUGUAUCCCCUAGAUAUAAUAGUCAAAUGAUUUUAUGUUAUUUAAAUUGGAAAUCUGAUUAUGAAACAUUAUUAGGUUUUGGUUUUAAUACAAAUUCAUGUAUACCAUUAUUACAAUCAAAUUUAAUGAAUAGUAAUAAUAAUCAUGAAUAUCUUGGUGCAACAAGUCAAUCAUUAAAAAUUACACAAGAUUUAAGUGUAUUUAUUUAUUGUGAUCCAUUAUGGAGAGCUAAUUCAUUAGUACCAAUUGGUAGAUGUUUUUUACAUCUUAUUAAUAAUGGAGUUAUUCAAUCUAAUAUAGAAUUAGCUGAAUUUUGUCAAACUAAUUUAAAAGUAUUUACACCAUGUGCUGCUGGUCAUAGUAUUGCAUUAACAUAUAAUAAUAAUAAUGAUAAUGAUAAUAAUCAUGAUCAAUUAUCUAAAUCAAUAAAUGAUCUAUUAUCAAAUAUUCAAUUAUGGAUUGGUCAACCAUUAUCAACACCAUAUGGACGUAUACAAAUAUUAACUAAUUUAUAUAAUACAAUUAAAGUAACAACAAUCAAUAGACCAGAAUCAAAUGAAUAUAGAACAAUUGGUUCAUUAUUUGGUUAUGCAUUAACUGAUGGUUUUGUUACAGCACCAGGAUUAUUUACAUAUGAUCAAUAUCAUAAUAAUACUACUCAUACAAAUAUUAAUCAUUUAUUUGGUAUACAUUAUACUAAAUCUUAUAGAGAUAAUAUUAAUGGAUAUUAUGAUCAUAUUGAUUGGUAUCCAGAAAUUAAUGAUACUAAUCCAUUCAAUGGUAAUGGUAUCUCUGUAUUACGUGUUAAUAUAAAAGGACCCUAUCUUAAAACUGUUAUUAUUGGUGCACCAUAUACUAAAAAUAUUAAUAUUAAUAAUAAUAAUAAUAAUACUAAAAUAGAUCCUAUACAAUUAACUAAUUAUAAUAUUGGUAGAAUUUAUUUAUUAUGUCAAUUAGAUUCUUAUAAAACAUCAACUACAAUCAUAGAUUAUUUAGAUGGUCCAUAUAAUUCAAGACAUUUUGGAUUUUCAUUAACAAAUCUUGGUGAUUAUGAUGGUGAUGGUAAUGAUGAUAUUGCAGUUGGUGCACCAUAUUUAAAAAAUAAUAUUUCUUCUUUUAGUUAUAUUUAUUUUAUACGUUUAUUAUCUAAUUGUAAAUUUGAUAGAAUACCAUUAAAUAUAUUAAAAAGUCCACAAUAUGCUUAUGAUUAUGGUGCUUAUUUACCAAAUUAUGCUGAAGAUUUAGAUUUUAAUGGUAAUAAUGAUUUAGUUGUACCAAUUUCAUCUUUUAUUAAACAAAAUAUAUUAUCUAAUCAAUCAAUAUUAAUUUAUGCAACACGUGAUCAAUGGAUUGCUGAUUGUCAUUAUUUAUUUCCACCAUGGUUAACUAUAAGAAAUUUAUUAAAAAAUGAUAUUAUACCAAUACAAAUUAUUAUUUAUUUUAAUCAUUUUAAAUAUCGAUUAUUGAAAUCUAAUCAAAUCAAUAAAAAAUUAAUUUCAUCAUUACAAUUAAAUCAAUUAAUUCAUCAAAUUAAUCCUGAUUGGAAUAUAACAAAUAUUAAUGAACAACGUUUUCAUUUAAUGAAUAAUUCAAUUCAAUCAUUAAUAGAAUUAAAACAAAAUCAAUUAAUUAUUAAUUUUAAUAUACAAGCUAAAAUUAAUAUUGAAGAAAUUUAUAAUUUAGAAUCAAUAAAUCAUGGUAUUUAUAUUGGUUAUCGAUUUUUACAAUUAUGUUAUUCUAAUCAGAAUGUAAUUAAUCAUAAUGGUAUUUGUUUAAAUGGAAGUUGGUUAAAACGUCCAUAUAUAGAUUGGUCAAAAUGUAUAAGUAAAUUACCAUUAACACGUUAUAUUUGUUAUCCAUAUCCAAUAUGUCAAAGUGAUCUUAUAUUAUAUGUAAAAGAUAUAAAAUCAAAUCAAUUAAUUAAUUUUCCAUUAAAUAAUAAUAAUAAUAAUAAAUCAAUAAAUGAAUUGAAUCAAAAUAAUACAAAUAAUGAAAUUAUAAUAAUGAAUAUUGAUAUAGAAUAUGGAAAUAAAAAUAGUUCUAGACAACAAAUACAAAUUGAAUUAUAUAAUUUAGGACCAACUCAAUCAAAAGGUACAAGAAUGGAAUUACAAUUUCAUGGAAAUUUAAAAUUUUCCCAUCUUGAAUUAGAAAUUGAUACUGUAAAUAUAAAUGAUAAUAAUAAUAAUAUGACUAAACGUUAUACAGAAAUAAUUAUGGUUGAUGUAUCAGAAAAUGAAACAUGGGUAAAUUGUCCUAUUGGUACAUUAUUACCAUUAUCAUUAUCAUCAUCUAUGAAUGAAACAAAUGAAAUCAUUCAACCAAAUCAACGUUUUCUAUUAUCUACAUAUUAUGAUCAAUUUAUGUUAGAUCAAGUAGAUUUUCAAUUAGGUGCUGGAAUAACAAUUCAUAUAAUUAGUGGUACAUUAGAUCCUCAACCAAUGAAUAAUAUUGUACGUAUUAAUUAUCAUGUUAUACAUCGACCAAAUAUACGUAUAUCAUAUGGUCCUGGUAAUAUACCAAGUAAAAUGGAUAAUCGUACAAUACCAUUAAAUCAAUUAUUCAAUCAAAAAAAACAACGUAUUAUUGUAUCAGAAAUUGGUCCAAAAGUUGAACAUAUAAUACAAAUUGAAUAUAUGGGACCAUCAAAUCAAUUAAAAAAUGUUACUAUGAAUUUAUUAGUACCAAUUGAAUUAGAUACAAUUAAUAAAAAUGAUAAUAAACCACAAUAUAUAUUAUAUAUGUUUAAUGAAAUACGUUCAUUAUUAAAUAAUAAUAAUAAUAAUAAUAAUAACAAUAUCCUUGAAUGGAUGGAUUCACGACCUAAAAUCUAUUCUAUGAGUAAACAUUAUAAUAAUGAUACAAAUGAUUAUGAUGAUAUCAGUAAAGUUGGUAGUUGUAUGAUAGUCAAUAGUGAAAAAGUAGUGAAUCCACGUGAAUUCAUUCCAAUGGAUGUGAAUACAAUUUAUUCACGAAAACGUCGUAAUGUUUUAACAAAAACUCAAGAAGAUGAAAUAAAUAUGGAGAAAUCUCUCAUUGAUAAUGGAAACGAAUCAUUUUCAGAGGAAUCUGUUGAAGCAAUACAGUCGUCGUCAUCAUCAUCAACUCCGAAAAUUCCUGUUAUACAAUUUCGACGAUUACAAAAAGAGGUAUUUGAAUGUAAUCGUGUUGGGAAUCGAAUACAAAAACCACCAAUAUGUGCAGAGAUUAUUUGUCAUGUUGAUGAAUUAGUGAAAAAUCGUCCUGUUUUAAUUAAAGUUACUGGAUGGUUAUGGGCACGUACUCUGUUUGCGAAACAUAUAUCAGAUGUUGAUCUUGUCACAAUUAUAUCUGUCAAUCAAGGUGAUAUACCAAAUGGUGUACAACCAGCGAAUGAACCAGUUGGACAUUUUUAUUUAUCACAAACAUUUUUCUUUCCACAAAUUCGUCCAAAAUUAAUUCAUCAAUUACCAAUAUGGCCAAUUAUUGUUGGCAUUGUAUUAGGUGUUUUAUUUUUAUAUUUAUUAAUUAUUUUAUUAUAUUUAUUAGGAUUCUUUCAUAGACGUAAAACAGAAUUACGUAAAGCAAUGCUUAGUAAAGGUGGCGCUGAUGAUACAUAUAAACGUGAACAAACUGAAUUAUUAUUAAAUGAUCAAAUGAAAUUAAAACAACAAUCGAUAACAACAGAAAAUGUCAAUAAGAAUAAGAAUAGUUAUCAACAUUUUGAUGGUUAUACAAAUGCAACACCAACACCACCACCACCACCAUCAUCAUCAUCAUCAUCUAUAAUGAAUCAUAAAAGUAAAAAAUUAAAAAAGAAACAUAAACGUGAAUUGAAUAUUUUACAUCCUGGUGAUUUAUCACCAUCUGGUACAUUAAUUAAUACGCAUCAGGAUCAGAAUUAUGAUCGGGAUCAUCAUCAUGGUGAUGAUGAACAACAGAAUAAAAAUGAAUCUGAAAAACAAAAUUUAAUCACUGAUUCUACUUCAUCUCAAUGAAAUCUGUUUAAGAAAUCGGUUAAAAGGCCUUGAUAAUGUGUAUUUUAUUUAAUCAUUUGUCAUUGCUUCUUCUUUUAUGAAUGUUUAUAUUCGUGUGUGUAUCUGUGUGCGUGUGAGAGGGAGAGAGAGAGAAAGUCAGUACAUGUGUAGAGACAUUAAAUAAACAUAGUUACCAGUUUAUAGUUUGUCUUCCUUUUGUUUUUUGUCUUUGGUGUUUUUUUCUCUCUCUCUCAAUUUUUUUUAUUUAAAGUGUAUAAAUCUAUAUUUUAUUUAAUUCUUUCGAUUUAUUGUGAUACACCUCUCUCUCUUUAUAUCAGCCGGCUUAUUGUCUACACAUCUAUUACUUACUAUAUAUGCAUAAAUAAAGAUUUCAUUUUAGUCUUUUGUUGAGUUUGAUUUAAUGUCGAUAUUACGUUGAUUGUUCGAGUGACUGACUCACUGAUUUGACAAACUUAGUAUUUUGCUUGACUUCAGUUAUUCACCUGUUGUUCAUAGUUCUGUUUAUUUUCGUUUUUGUUUCUUUUCAUGGCAAGAUAUAUAUUUAUUCACUGGUAUUAAUCUCUUUCUCUCUCUCUCUCUCACACACACACACUCUAUAGAAUUGGAAAUAGGUGCCAGUGAGUGAGAUAAUGAACAAGAAGAGAGUGAAAGAGAUCCGCUAUUUGUUUUUACAAUUGUUGUUCUAUGCCAUUCUGUUAUAUUUUGUUCAAAUGAGCUUUUUAGCUUAGUUUAUUAUUAUUAUUUCAAGUAACAUAAUAAAUACAAUUGAUAGUAACAAUAACAGCAUGAUGAAUUAGAAAGAAGAAGAAACGGGAGAUGAUGAUGAUGAUGAGAAGGAGGAAGAAGAAGAAGAAGAAACAACAUCGUGAUAACAAUAAUUAUCAUAUGGUUUUUUGUUUAAAAGUCAAUCAUUAUCAAACUUGUUUUUAUUUAUGAUUAGAAACGAUUGUUCAUUCAUAUCUAUUACAUAAUAAAAUUAAUGACUAUGGUGAAAAGAUAUAGAUAUACAGAGAGAUACAUACAUAAAUAGAUAGAUAGAUAAGCACACACACAUCCAUCCAUACACAACACAUCAAUGUUUAUAUUUUAUUAAAAUUGUUGCUAUGCAAAAUGUUAUACAAUUAUUGAUCAUAUUUAUGAUGAAAAGACAAUUUGUAGUUGAGUAAUGUUUACUAUCACUAUUUAAUUAUUUUCUAUGAGAAUAAAAUGAAAUAUGUUCUAA